AUGGUGUCAACUGAGGGACCCCAUCUAGUUGACUGGCCUGGACGUCCUCUGUGUGCACAUUGCCAGCACCAGGACUGGUUUGACGAAAAUGGCGCUGCCAUCAGUAACCUGCUGGCCGAGAAGAACGGGCUGCAUGGAGUCUACGUUGAUCGCCAAGCCGACGCUAGCAAAGCGGCCUUCUAUCAAAGUCGCCGCCUAAAGCAGCAACGGUUGCAAGAAAUGCGGACUCCUGGAUGGCUCGCAAGGCCGAGGAGGUCGAUGGGUAUGCCGACCAUUACAAAAAGAAGACAGUCUUCGUCGCGAUCAAGGCGGUCUACGACCCCCCAACGAAAGGAACUGCACCGCUUCUCAACUCUGAUGGCUCAAGGCUUCUGCCAGAGAAUCGCAGAUUCUGAAGCGUUGCACGGAACAUGUCAGAAGCGUCCUCAAUCGUCCCUCCACAACCUCCGACGCCGCCAUCGGUAGACUCCGUCAAGGCGAAACGAAUGCCGCCCUGGAUCACCCGCCUUCCCUUUCAGAAACCAUUUACGUCGUACACCGACUGGCCAGCGGAAAAUCACCGGGAUCCGACGCGAUUCCGGCUGCAGUCUGCAAGCACGACGGCUACCGGCUAAUGGAUCACCUCAUGGACCGUGAUAAGUGUCCCAGAACCAGCAUCGUCUACGGGACCGAUGGACAUCUCCUCAAUAGCCGGCACAUGCGGGCCCCAACCCGCCUCUCCACGGACACAGUCCACGAUCUGCUCUUCGCCGACGACUGCAAACUCAAAACCACGACCGAAGAAAACACGCCACGGGGUAUAGAUCUCGUUGCCACUGGUUGCGCCUACUUCAGACUGAUCAGCAAUACAGAAAAAACGGUGAUAAUGCAUUAA